AUGCCCCAGGGCACAGCGUCCCCGAGCGCGAAUGCCGCACCCGCAGACCCCGUGGACUGCCUCUCGCCCUCGCCCCCGGCCCCUCGCGCCGCCCGCCCCCGUCACGCACCGCUCCUCGCCCUAGUCCCCGCGGCCGUUCCAGACGAGCCCCCCGAUGAGGAGGUCCCGAGCAUUUGGACAGUUAUUUCACGCGCCUCGGACCUCGUCAAGGACGGCGAACGUUUGGAAAACCUCGCUUGGAGACACUGGGGCGCGCCCACAGUGGGCCGUAGACGGAGCUCCUCGACACUGACAACGAGUUCGGCCGAGAUUGGUACGCCGUCAGACAGAGGGUCCAUUCCGCGCACCCGCAGCUUUGAGCGGCGGUCGUUUGCUGGUACACUCCGUCUCCUGGUGGAAGAGUCGUCUUCGUUCAAGGACUGGGUCGAGGACGCCCGUCUGAAGCACCCCGCCUCCCCUCAAUCCGGCACAGCCGAUACCCACCCUCCUGCCCACCCUUCGUCUCCGGUCGCCGCCGCCGCCACCGCGACGCCGCCUCCUAUUCCGACCGUUAGCCUCCCCCACUGUUCGGCGCCAGAGACCCCCGUCUCGCUCGAGAUCCGACUCGUCGAGCCGACACCAGUACCCAGCCGCGUUGGUUCACUCGGGGGCAGUCUCGACGCGACACGCAGUGUUGCCGCCAAGACCGCCACCCAGCCGCUCCUUCGAGAAGACAUUGACGAAGAAGCGGAAGCGGACCCUGCAACGACCGCCUCGGCUACAGCCCCCUCCGCCCCAGCUGGCCCCGCUGCCCCGCAGCCGCGUGGCCGCCGAGCAGCCGGCGGCAGGAGCUUCUUCAUUCAAUCCAGUCCCGGCAAGGUGUCGGGAUCGGAGAGCUCACCCCAGUCGGCAUCAGCGAUCCCUCCCCCUGCUCAGGCUCCACCCGAGCCUGAGACCAACCAUGUGAGCUCGCAAGGCUCCAACUUUCGCAGCUCGGACGACUCGUCUUCGGCCAUUGUCAUCAAGAAGAAGGAGAAGCGUCACGUGUCCAUGGCCAACAUGCGCGGCCGGUUCCAGGGCGAAAAGGCCCGCGCAGCACAGGCCAUUGCCGACCGCAACAAGAAGGAGAGCUCGGACGAGUGGGAGGAUGAAGACGAGGAGGAAGACGAGGACGAGUGGGAGGACGACGAGCCAGCACAGGACACGAAUGACGACCCGCCUGCUCCUCAUCAUCAUCAACCACCACAUGCCGCCCCCGAACCUCACCGGCGAGCGACCGAACCCAUCAUUCCGCAAGCCCCCACACCGCCACGCACAAAGAAGGAGCGCGCAGCCGAAAAGGCUCGCGCCGACGCCCAGCGCGAUGCCCAACGCAAGCGCGAAAUGUUUGCCAAACAGGCCAUCUUUGGUGCCAAGGUCGCCCCCUCCGAGGGCCUUCUCACGCGCACGUUCAACAUUGGCAAGUCCAUGAUCGACCUUACCCAGGCCGGCAGGGAGGACGACCACGACGAGCUGAGGCGGGCGCCCACACUCUCGCACCUCGGCCAGCUCUCCAUGUCGCCCGCCAUGGCCAGUCCAAGCGGCAUCAUGCGCUCCAAAUCGUCGGCCGCGUUGCCCGUCCAGACAGGCGUGAGCGUGACGUCGCGCUCGCACCUGUCCAACUCGGGAGACAAGCGCUGCCCUGUCGGUGUCGAGAUGGAGACGUCGGACGAGGAGUCUGACGACGACUACCUCCAGUCUGAAGAGGUGCGCGCAAAGCUCAACGCGCUGGCGGCCAAGCGGGAGGCGCGCGACCGGGCAAAGGUGCUAGCCGCCCAGCAGCAGCAGCAGCAACAGGAAGCCGAAAGCCUUCCCGCCGUGACUCCGCCAAUUACCGCCGUGUCUCCCGUCAAUGUGCAAGCGACUCCCGUGCCGGUCGUCCCUAGAGGCUCUGGCGAGUUGGACGAAAACGGCAUUGUCCGUCCCCUGUCGCCCACGUCGCGCAGGCGCACGAUCAUCAUGCGCGAAAUGUCCGAGUCGCUCAGGAAGAACAUCAUUGUCGAGCGCGAAAAGUCGUCUGGUCGCGGUGCCAUGGGAGGAAGCAAGUUUGGCCAGGACCACAAGCGGCCUCCGCCAGGUGUGCACAUGUCGCGUUUACCGACGUCCAGCUCGGCUGUCAACCUCGCACAGCUGCACAACUCUCCUCAGCACACGGGCGAGGCCCUCGCUCUCGCUCGCGUCCGCUCCAACCAAGUGACCGAUUUCAAGCCGCACAACAACAAGCUGGAGCGCCACAGCUCUCAUCCAAACCUGACGGCCAUGGGCGACCAUGACAACUACACCACCCAGCCGCCGCCGCCUCGUCCAGUGCAAGAGAGUAACAGCCGAGGGCCUUCUCCCAACCACUGGCAGGCGUCCAGUUCGACAUCGCCCGAGGCGCGUCGCCGGGCAAACGUCCUUGGCUCGGGCUUCCUGCGGCCGCUCACGCGCGUCGGCGGUGACGGCGAGCUUGGCCGCGCGCGUUCCACUGUGGCGCUCACGACCAUGACCUCGCCCACCGCCGAGCCCAUGCACUCGUCGCACUCGCCCACCACGCACAUGCCCUCGAGCGGAUCGAGCGGCGCCCUGCGCUCGCCGCACCUACAGGCCGCACCCAUGAUGCGAUCCAACACGGAGGGCGCCGGCAGCCGCGAAAUGGAGCGAGCACGUGUCCGGCGCGAGCUCGCCAAGCGCAGCGAACACACCGACACGAGCUACCGUAUGCACGGCUGGUGA